GGUCAGUCCCUGGAGCAGUCCAGUAAARRAGGAGUGGAAAUAACACCGAGUAAUAAAAAACCACAGGCUCCAGUCCUGGGUGUGUUUGCUGAGGUUGUGAAUCUCUAGGAUGUCGUUCCUGGGCUAUGCAGCUCUGCUCCUGUGUUGGAUGCACUGUGCUGCACAAAGAGCUUGUGAAGAACCUCCUCCUAGGAGGGUUAAAGAAGUUCCUGCUAAAAGAUGGGACAAACCUCCUUACCCACAUGGUACUCGAGCAACAUACAAUUGUCGGCCUGGAUAUGUAAAAGCUGGACGAGUUGAGUUUCAGUGCRUUGAUGGAGUGUGGGAACAGAUGCCCCCAGGGACAGAAUGCAGAAAUAAGCCCUGUGGACAUCCUGGAGAUACUGAUUUUGGUUUCUUUGAACUUACCAGUGGAACUGAAUUUGUGUUUGGUGCCAGAGUUGAGUACAGAUGUAAUGAUGGAUACCAGAUGCUCAGCCAAAGAAAUUACCGUGAGUGUCAGGCAGAUGGAUGGAGCAAUGACAUCCCUUAUUGUGAAGUGAUAAAGUGUUUACCUGUACAAGCACCUGAAAAUGGAAGGAUAAUUAUGACUGGUGCAUUUGAGCUAGACCAAGAAUAUUCCUUUGGCCAGGUUGUAAAUUUUGAAUGUAAUGCAAAAUACAAGCUUGAUGGAGCUAAAGAAAUCGUUUGCUCUUCGAAUGGAAGAUGGAGUGAUGAUGUGCCUCAGUGCAAAGAAAUUAUYUGUGUUGCGCCAACAGUCCUAAAUGGAAAGGUACAUUCUCCAAGGCCGUCUUACAAGGAAAAUGAACGAAUCCAGUUUUCCUGUGAAAAAGGAUAUAAACAUGGUACCAGAGGAGAUGCACUGUGCACCCAAUUAGGAUGGAAUCCACGUCCCUAUUGCACUGAAAUUGCAUGCUCUCCUCCAGUAAUCUCCCACGGGAGCUUUAAACUUCAGAAAGACAAGUAUAGAGAGGGUGAUACAAUCACAGUGGAGUGUGAUCCUGGAUAUCAUUUCAAAGUGCAGACUGGCAGAACCACAGCUGAAUGCACUGGGAAUGGCUGGGUGCCUCAGCCAGCUUGUGUCUGGAAACCAUGUGAGUACCUAGAAAUAGAAAAUGGCAAGUUAAGUGAUUCACGUCGGUAUUACUAUCCAAAAGGAUUUGGACAGACUGUAUAUUACAAAUGCAACAAUGGGUUUUCGACCCCCAGUGGAGWAGAGUCGUGGGUUCCAAUUACCUGUUCUGAAAAUGGCUGGUCUCCAGUGCCCAAAUGCCUGAAAAAAUGUUCCAUUGGAGAGCUGAGAAAUGGUUAUUUUCCAUCUGCGGGCAGGGGCGAUUUUUACAAGGAAGGUGAAAGUGUCAGAUUUGUCUGCCACCAUGGCUACCAAGCUGAGCAUGAAGAAGUCACCUGCACAAGGAAAGGGUGGGCACCACCUCCAAGAUGUAUCCAUGAAAAACAAUGCCAGAAAAUUGUUUUUGAGAAUGGACGUUUAAACUCGAGAAGUUCAACAUUCAUUUUAAAAGAGAAGAUCUCCUACAGUUGUUUUCCUGGCUUUGUGACUCCCGAAGGACAAGAAAUAGGAGAAACGGAAUGCCAGAAGAGUGGCUGGACUCCAACUCCCAAGUGCAUCAAAUCAUGUAAAGCACCAGAGCACAUUUUGCUUUACCACACCAAUAAAACUGUGUUCAUGCCUGAAGAUAGAAUUGAGUAUUCGUGUUUUGAGGGAUAUAAAACUACAAAUAAUAUGCCAACUGCUACCACAAUGUGUGACAGAAAUGGAGACUGGAGUCCAGCACCCCAGUGUCUUGAAAUAGAAUGUGCMYUGCUAUCAGUGCCCAAUGGAGAUUUCUYUCCCAAGGAGAGUAAAUACCACAGUGGAGAUGUUGUGAAAUUUACCUGUGCAAGCCAAUACRUAAGAGUGGGACCUGCCUCUAUUCAGUGCUACCACUUUGGAUGGUUUCCAUCACCACCUGUGUGUAAAGCGCAUGUCAGAGGCUGUGGACCUCCCCCUGAAAUUCCCCAUGGAAGUAUUGUGGAUGGCUCUGUGGAACAGUACCAGCAUGGGGACAGAAAGCAUUAUGAAUGUAACGGUGAAUUGAAGUUGGUUGGAUCAAAGGARAUAGAAUGUGUUGAUGGACAGUGGUCACCUCCUCCCUCUUGCAUUGAGGACAGAAUGCCCUGUGGAUCACCUUCCUCUAUCCCAAAUGUUGUUCUACAUCAGGCAGACCAGUCCCCGUAUUCACACGGGGAAGAAGUAAUUUGUGGAUGUAAACCAGGCUCUGGCAAUACCGAGAAAAUGAAAAUAAAAUGUCUCAAUGGAGAAUGGAAGCCUUUACCUAUUUGUGCUGAUGCAUCCCCUCGAUGUGUAAUUCCAGAGGAUGUUGAGCUGGUGCGYUCUGGCCGAUAUCGCAUGACAGGAAGGAACACUGGGUUUCAUAAAGUUAUACGUUAUAGAUGUACAUCAACUGAUGAAAAUACUAAACAGGCAACUUGUGUGAAUGGAAGAUGGACACCAGAGAUUGCAUGYCCGGGUGUGUUUUUACAUUUGCACCAUUUCUUUUGAUGCAGGCAUGAUAAA